AGGUUGCGUUUUAUUAAGAAGCUUUUUUCCCCUGGAAAGGUAGCUUAGUAAAUAUCAAUAAUAUUAGGAUGGAUUUGUAUGGCAACGUAAAGGGAAUUCUCCAAAUAAGAAACUAUUUUUUGAAGAUAAUGAAGUCGUAGCAUGCACAUAAACUUCAAUCGUCACUAUCCAUAAUCCUCAGCUACCCAUAAUCCUCGCGUGAGCAUGAUUUUUAAUAUUGGUGAAAACUCUACCUUGGAUGUUUUACGAAUGUUGAUGCAUCGUGCGGUAGCACAGCAAACAGAACAGCCAAAGAAACCAAUAAAAAAACAUGUCGCGCAACCAAACACGUCACCCUUCGUUAUAACGCCAUCUGUUGAAGCUGCAAACGUUUCCGACACUUUGUUGAAAAACGCUGAUUCAUUGUCCAACGAUGGACCGAGACGACUUCACGUCACCAAUCUUCCUUUUAAAGUAAAAGAUAAUGAGUUGCAAGCUAUGUUUGAGAUUUACGGUGUUGUUUUGGAUGCUGAAAUCAUCUACAAUGAAAGAGGAUCAAAGGGAUUUGGUUUCGUUACUAUGGAGACUGCAGAAGCUGCUAAACAAGCAAAAGAGGCACUCAAUAAGAAAGAAAUUGAUGGUCGAAAAAUUGAGGUCAACAAUGCCACACCUAGAGCGAUCCAAAACAAAAGUGGUGUGCGUUUAAAUAAUCAAAAUACUGUCUCUCCACCACAAAGCCGCCAAACUAAUAGCAUUUUCAAGACAGCGCAGGGGGCUAAGAUACAGAAUUUCUCUGGACCGUGGAAUCCGACAUCGUUUAACUGCUUAACAACGUCUCCUGUACAGAUCAAUCCGGUUGAUUUUACUAUGCCAGCAUUACAGAUACCACCAGUCAAUCUUGCAGCUAUAUCAAACACAGCUAUUUCUGGGCUGGCAUGCAUUCCAACACCAGAACAAUAUGCACAGUAUUACAACUAUAUGUCCGCGCAUGCGCGUGCUGCUCGUUUGAAUGGGGGAAGUCUUGGUAACCAUAGAUAUCAACCGUACUAACAAACUACCUUAUGGCGAAGUAGAUAAUUUCUAUCCUGCAAACUAAUACAUAGUAAUUUUUUUGCUGUCGUAAUUUGUGUCACAUGGAAAGCAGCGGAAUACCUCUCGUUUCAGGUAAUUUUGAAAAUAAAACCUUAGCUAGAAAAUAUGCAGAAAAUCCUGUUAUUCUCAAUUUGCGUGCUUUUGCGUUUAAUUUGGAAACAAUUUCACCAUCGGCUUCGUUGAUACAUAAAAAUGGACCAUUUUUUCUCCCAAAAAUUUUCGAAUAAAAGAAUUAUAACUUUCAUAACUUUUCGAUAAUCUUUAUGGAGCGGAAUGUUAUGACUUUACCGCCUAAAAACAAAGUUACCUCCACUCCACAACAAUAGACUAUAAAAAUGUUUGGAAAAGUUCCACUAUACCUCUCAUGAUACUUACCUCAUUAAAGAGAAAGUUUUAUUAAAAUAUUGGAAAUUACUAUGGUCUUCUUUAUAAUACAUAUAUUUUCCACCUACCGUAAAAUAUGGUAGUUACAAUUUGUUCAAGUCACAAGACUGACUAUCAAUUUAAAAAACAGCCUCCUCCCUUAUUUUUAUGUAAAGUAGUUUUUAAACUUGUAUUAUUUAAUUAUUUGUUAAUUUCUAUAGAUGUCAAACAUCAGUUGAAUAUACAUACAUACAACCAGUAAA